ACAUCCAAUGAGAAUUCGUUCCCUUCUGCGGGUAUUAGAAGAAGAAAAUCGAGCAACAAAACCUUUGUCGCUUCUGCUCGAUUCUUGUUUUAAUCUUGCAGUCUUGGCUUUUUGAAUCGCCGACAUYAUUAGCGUGAAAAGCUAACAUGGAUAAAGCACAAUUGGUAAAGACUGUCGAAAGUUUAAAAUUUCAGCUCCAAAUUCAGCGGAUGCCAGUCUCAAAGUGCUCAGCCGACUUAAAAUUGUACUGCGACCAAAUGAUUAACUCUGAUCCUCUUAUAAUGCCUCCAGACAAGAAAGAAAACCCCUGGGCCGAAAAAUCCAAGUGUACAGUGCUAUAAUAAAUACAAACUUAAAUUAACUUGAACAUUGUGGGAAAACAACUUAGAAAACUAUAUUCCAGACAUUUUAAACUGACUCGACUGGCUUGACAGAAUUGCCUCUAUUUGGACUGAUUGACCACCUGUACUGAGAAGCAGCACAGCUUAUAGCGCAAGUCCAAAAGGCCAAUAUUCUACUUGAUGUAAAAUACUGUGUUUAUUAAGUACACAGAUAUACAGUGAUUAUGUAGAUAUCUUUAAAAACUGUCAGAAUUCAUAGUGUUUAGGUUCGAUUUAGGUAGAUAUCUUUAAAGAUAGUCCUGGAUUUCAUAUAGAGUCGGCUGAAACGUUUUUGCAACUUGAAUAUAUAUGUUACAAAGUUUUUUUCACAUAUUAAUUGUAUUUUAGUCUCGUACAUUGAUUUGUAAACUAUAGGGUUUCUACACCAGUAUCUUAUUUAUGGCUCUUUUGCACUUUUAGACAAGCGAUUGCGGACAUGCAAAAACACCGCAUCGAAAAUUUAUCAUGAUUGCAGUAGGCAGAAUCAAUGCCUACUAGGAAGUAUCAAUCAACCCCAUAGAUAUAUAUGAGCUGGAGUUAGACAAGGGAAUAAAGUCUUACAAUAUAAUGUAUGCACAAACUUCAAAUAAAAACUGAAACCAAAAUUA